GGCACCGCUAAUGGCUAUGGCCACCCUGUACUCGUUCUGACAGGUCAUUUUCUCAUCUUAAACACCUUUACGCAUACUUCUUCCCUUGUAGGGCCUGAAAGCUAUGUAGAUCUUUCAUUUUAACAGCCCCUCUUAAAAUUUUUUCUCCUUCUUCUUCCUCUCCUGAUCUAAUUUGAAGAAAUAGAAAAGUUACCUUUUGGGAAUUGUAAUUUAGCCUUCCUCUUGUCUUGCCUACCACUUGCACCACUCGAUUCGUACAAAGCUCUCAGAGUAUAAGGUGGGGAGGAGUUGAAUUAUUAUUUGUUGCUUAAUUAGCUAGUUUAUGGCAAUAGCAGCAGCAGCAACCAUGAGCAACGGCCCCCACGAUAAUAGCAAUAACGUCAACGACAACAACAACAGCAGCAGCAGCAAGGAUGACCACGAACACGACAUGGUCAUGCCUGGUUUUCGUUUCCACCCAACGGAGGAAGAACUUGUAGAGUUUUACCUUCGCCGUAAGGUAGAGGGCAAACGCUUCAAUGUUGAACUCAUAACUUUUCUCGAUCUAUAUAGCUAUGACCCUUGGGAGCUUCCUGCCUUGGCAGCAAUUGGAGAGAAGGAAUGGUUCUUCUACGUGCCUAGAGACCGAAAGUACAGAAACGGGGAUCGACCAAAUCGUGUUACUACUUCUGGCUACUGGAAGGCAACGGGAGCUGACCGCAUGAUUCGGUCAGAGAACUCUCGAACAAUUGGCCUCAAGAAAACCCUAGUCUUCUACUCCGGAAAAGCUCCUAAAGGCAUCCGAACCAGUUGGGUUAUGAAUGAGUAUCGCUUGCCUCACCACGAAACUGAACGCAACCAAAAGGCUGAAACAUCGCUUUGCCGGGUGUACAAGAGAGCUGGAGUGGAAGAUCACCCCUCACUCCCCCGUUUUCUUCCAACGGCCUCAAUGAGGGGACAGCUGUCAGGAAAGAGAUAUCCCCAGGAUGUAGCUCAACAAGCCAUGGAAAGGUUUCAAGCUUUUGGAGUUGGAGGAAAUUCAAACCAAAUGGAGAUUGGAACGAUAAGUGAGACUGAUGGAGGCAGUAGUAAUACUUCUGAUGUUACAACAGCUCUCGGACUUUCCAAGCAGAAUGUGUACCAUCCAAUGGCUCCUAUAAGCACAACACUUGGGUUGCCAUCUGGAAUGGAAGAGGAAGGAAUGUUCUUAAAUCAGUCUAAGCAAGGCAGCUCUUUAGUCCCCAAUUGCACAAUUCUCUUUCCAGUAGGCUCGUCUUCUGUUUCGUCAAAUGUUUCCGACGAUCUCCACAGGCUAGUAAGCUACCAACAAGCUACAAUGAAUCAGCAGCAAUACUAUAGUACCGAUCAUCAUCAUCAUCAACAACAACAGCAACAACAGUCCGAGUUUUCUACGUUGCCCCCACAAUCACAUCAGCUUUCUAUCAACGUGCUACCCAGCUCACUUCCAACAGCCUUCUCGGACCGGUUGUGGGACUGGAACCCAAUCCCAGAAGCAAAUGGGGAGUACAACAAUCCUUUCAAGUAGGCGGUGUAGUACUGCAUAUACCAUACGAUAUAGAUAUAUAUACUAUAUUGCUACUGAUUUGGGUCUUUCUCUGCUUUUAUGUUCACUAUCUCACUAGCUUUCGCAUUCAAAUAUAACUCAUAUCGAUCAAUGGUAGUCUGUUACUCUAUUAGGGUUUUGGGUUUUUGUGAGCUUAUUUGAUUCCUUGAGCAUUAGCUAGAAAGGGUAAAUAGUGCAGCCUGAGGCUCCAACCUAAGGAAGGAAUUAAUAUAUAUUGUUAUUCCAGUGGUCAUAUUUUCUUAUGAUCAAACUACAUAUUUUCUUUAAUCUUCAAAACUGUACGGUCGUGGGCUGAAAUGGAGUUUUGACUUACUCUAGACAAGAGAAUGAUGAUGGCAUAUA